CCGGGAGCGCCGGCGCUGGCUGGGCGGCCUGGCGGCGGCCAUGGACCGCUUCGUGUGGACCAGCGGCCUCCUGGAGAUCAACGAGACGCUGGUGAUCCAGCAGCGCGGGGUGCGCAUCUACGACGGCGAGGAGAAGAUAAAAUUUGAUGCUGGGACUCUUCUUCUGAGCACACACCGGUUGAUUUGGAGAGAUCAGAAAAAUCAUGAAUGCUGUAUGGCCAUUCCUCUGUCCCAAAUUGUGUUCAUUGAGGAGCAGGCAGCUGGAAUUGGGAAGAGUGCCAAAAUAGUGGUUCAUCUGCACCCUACUCCUGUGAGCAAAGAGCCUGGCCCAUUCCAGAGCAGUAAGAAUUCCUACAUAAAACUCUCCUUCAAAGAACAUGGCCAGAUCGAGUUUUACAGGCGCUUAUCAGAAGAAAUGAUACAAAGAAGAUGGGAGAGUAUGCCAGUUUCCCAGUCAUUACAGUCAAAGAGAGGAUCCCAGCCAGGAAGAGUAAGAGCUGUAGGAAUUGUAGGUAUUGAAAGGAAGCUAGAAGAAAAGAGGAAAGAAACUGACAAAAACAUUUCUGAGGCCUUUGAAGACCUCAGCAAGCUGAUGAUCAAGGCUAAGGAAAUGGUGGAGUUAUCAAAAUCAAUUGCUAAUAAAAUUAAAGAGAAGCAAGGUGACAUCACAGAAGAUGAGACCAUCAGGUUCAAGUCCUACCUGCUGAGCAUGGGAAUAGCCAAUCCAGUUACUAGAGAAACCUACGGCUCCGGCACCCAGUACCACAUGCAGCUGGCCAAACAGCUGGCUGGAAUAUUGCAGGCACCUUUAGAGGAACGAGGGGGGAUAAUGUCACUUACAGAGGUGUACUGCUUAGUAAACCGAGCUCGAGGAAUGGAAUUGCUCUCCCCAGAAGAUUUAGUGAAUGCAUGUAAGAUGCUGGAUGCACUGAAAUUACCUCUCAGGCUCCGCGUUUUUGACAGUGGUGUCAUGGUCAUUGAGCUUCAGUCCCACAAGGAAGAGGAAAUGGUGGCCUCAGCCCUGGAGACAGUUUCUGAAAAGGGCUCCUUAACAUCGGAAGAGUUUGCUAAGCUUGUGGGAAUGUCUGUCCUCCUGGCCAAGGAAAGGCUACUGCUUGCAGAGAAGAUGGGUCAUCUUUGCCGAGACGACUCAGUGGAAGGCUUGCGGUUUUAUCCAAAUUUAUUUAUGACACAGAGCUAAGAAUUUUGCUUUGGAAAUACUUUUUGCCCAUAUACUUGCAUUGAGUCAAGGUUACGUGACAUUGAGCUAAGAGAUGAACCCUGAAUAAACUGGUAACUUGCUAGAACUUCACAGUAUACUAUAAAACUCUUUUCCUCUCUCCCUAAAAGUGUGGUCUCAGAAGCUUAUUGAGGACACACAUAGGAAAGUAUAGACAGACGACCGCCAAUAUAAAUGAAGAGUCAUGCUAUUCUUGUGUAGAACUGUUAAAGAGUUUGACUUGAAAUGUGGUGGAUUUUAAUUUGAUUUCUGAAUUUAGGGCCUUGGCGGAAGAAAACUAGAAGCAUGUUUGGUAGAUUCGAUGAUCAUUUUGGUGUGACUCAAAUUCACUGAAUGGUUGUUUUCCUUUGAGUCUGAUGUGCCCGUUUUGGGUACUUUUGUGUGGAAGUCAUAGUGUUAGUUUGAGGCCCUGACCACAAUGGAACUGCAAAGCAGCCAUAGGCAUGUCUCUAAGAGACCAAAUAAACAGUUAAAAAAAAAAAAAAAAGAGUGGGUAAGGGGUUUGGUUCAGUGGUAGAGUCCUUGCCUAGCAUGCAUGAGGUUUUGGGUUUCAACCCAACCCCUCUUCCUCCUCCCCAAAGAGUGAGAUAAUGUUAUUUGACUGAUACACACUCCAAACGGUUCCUUUUCUUUUCUUUUUUUCUUUUUACAUGGCUGGCAUUUAACAAAUGCAACUGUGUGUCAUUUUAUUUUUAAAAUACUGUGGAUUUUGAAGUGGAAUUAGAUGUGCCCAGAUUUAGUUACUAAUCUGAGGGGCAGAUGGCUCCGGAAUUCCCCAGGAUCGCUGUACGUAGGUGGAUGGGCCAAGGGAAUCUGGAGCUGAUUCCGCAGGACCCUUGGUGCCCUCUACUGGGAAGGCAGAGAUGGGACGCAGAAGGCGGGAAAGUGACAGAUAACCCUCUCCCUCAUGAGUCUCUGCACUGAACUUCAAAAACACUUCUGUCAUUUAAUUCCAGCCAUGUUAUCUUUUUUUUUUUUUUUUUUUGCCCUGCAUGUUAGUGGUAUGUAAGUGGUAUGUGGAAACUAUCUCAGAAAAGGUGUUACUCAUAAACAAAAACUGGUUGACACUGCCUGUACAUUACUCGAGUUUUAAAGUGGGUUUCCUGACUCCCUCUGUUACUGUGCCGCCAUGUAUAGCGUUUUGGCAUUACCUCAAACUCAGGGAGCCCAUGAGACAGGAGACCUCCUUGCUGAGACUGGCUCAGAAGUAGAAAGAUAGUGAUAGCAUCACACCUGGCACCAGGGGGAGGGUGCCCCGGUGCCCAUGGGACCUCAAGGACAUUCUUACUGGAUGAGGUGGAGGCCAUUACAGACAUCCCUUGGGGAAGAGCCAGAGUCCUCAGACCAGGGGACUCCUACACCUGAUCCCUUCCUGGAAAGUGGCCACUGCUACUUCCUGCCCUCCGAUGUCACAGGAAUGCAAUGCAAUGGCCCAGGCAGCCUGCUGUAGUCUUUAUCAAACCUGUCACUGACUUCAUUGUGGUGACAUAUCUCUUGAUUACCUCAUUGUUCAGCCUCAGGUUUAUUUUGGGGAGUAAUUCAGUGUCUAGCCUCCCAGGUCUUCUAGGGGCUGGUUGGACCAUUAGUGUGUGGGUUUUUUUUUUUUUUUUUAAUGUCUUACCUCUCUCUAGAUUGCACUUAGUCUGUUACAUGGCUCUGGCAGACUUAAGACAGACAGACAGACACACGCACACACAGCUCUUCUGGCUAAGGUUCUUAAAGCAGACAAGUGACAGUUUGUCUCACCAGCUGGCGUGGUUGUAAGAUUGUGGGAGCUGCUGGAUCUAUCUGUAGUGGUUAGAUUUAUUAUAACAAACCUAUAUAACGUAACACAUUUGUUUACUUCAGUGUGACAACAGACAAACAAAAGUAUGAAGUGAAUUAAAGAGGAAGAGUAACAUAAAUAUACUUUGCAGAUGUCAUAUUAAUAAAGUAUGAGUUUUUUAAAACUUAUUUUUAAAGUGGGCAUUGUACACUGUUUCCAGACCAUGGUAUCUACUUUUGUUUUUGUUCUUUUUUUUUUCCAAAUGAGCUGGUGUUUUGGUCUUUCUUGUUACAGGGUACAUUUAAGUUCAACCAGUAGGGCCCUAAUUGCAAAAAGCUCUGCCUUGGUGCUCAUCACUGUGUCCUGAUCUUUGUUUUCUUAACUUUGCUCUCAGGAGCACAAGUCUCUUUGUAGGUUUAUGUAAUGGAACAUUCUUAGUCACUGUCAAGAAAAAACAUUUUUAACAUUGUACAAGUGAAGGUUGUUUUCAGGGUUGAAGGAUCGGUAUUAAUGUAUGUAGAGUAAAAUUAUUGCAAAAAUUUUAAAUGAUUUUGUUAUCUUGGUCUUCUUUCAAAAAUAAUCUGAAGUUACAUGAAAAUAAUAAACCUUUGGUCAUAUUAAGUCAGUAUAUUAAGAGUUUUCUUUCAGAUUUUAUAAUUAAACUUUGCUUAUAAAUAGUUGUCCUUAAACUUUUAAAUUUCAGUUAUCUUAAAAAGUAGGAAAUAAGUCAUGAGCUUCUUUAACUCUGGAUGUGAAUGCCACCGUGGACAUGCCAUGUGUACUGUGUGAACAUGCUGUCUCUGUCAUAUUCACAUGCUUAAAACCGUCCUCUUUUGCCCAACAAUCGCAUUAUCUUCAUUUUGGUACAAUGGAGUCACAACUUGUAAGGUGACUAGGUUUUGAAAACUUCAUCUUAGGUCAAAACCAAGCAUACUCAAAGUGAUCCUUGAAAAAUUGCUUAAAUUACCAAUAAAAUUCUCUUAUAGUUUGAGUGCUUGCCGAGUAUGAUAUAGGUAUGAAUAUGUUAUGUUAUGCAUGGAGUAAAUACAGUAUGUGAUUAUGUGAAUACCAACAAAUUAAUAGCACUAAUAAUUAUGCUGUUUAAAUGAGUGUCUUUAUUUUUGCCAAUAGGUAUGGUUGGAUUAUGCAAAUUUAUUACCAACCCCACCCUUUGUGAUAAAUCUAGAUUUUAGAAUACUGUAAGUUUAAUAAAGACAGAGCUUUCUAUCUGGUUCGUUCAUGGAUAUCUUCUCAGUGCUUGGAACAGUCUGGCACAGAGUAAGCGUUCAAUAAAUAUUUACUGAACAAAUGAA